AUGAUAGAGCCAAUAACCAAUAGUUUCCAACUGUUUGAUUUUAACAAGAGGGACGAUGGGUUGGAUAAUUGUUCGGUUUACGAUGGUGCCUCAGUAAUCAAUUUCGUGUUUCUGAUAUUAAUAUCAUUUGGUAUUGUUAUAAGUUAUUUACCUCAGUAUCGGAGAAUAUUUAUCAAGUUGACUUCUGAAGGGUUAUCCACAAACUUUUUACUUUUGGGUUCGUGUUCAUCAAUAUUUACAUUGACCAACAUCAUUUUGGUGAGCUCUAAGGCACGACAAUGCUGUUCCAUAGGGGCUUUAGACACUUUCAAUUGUAUUAACUCACAGUUGAAUUUGUUUCAAAUCGGAAUACAAUGCACGUGUGCUAUCUUGAUUUUAGUGUUGGUUCUCUCAGUUACGAAAGAUUCAAUCAAACAGGACAAAGACGAAUACAAAAGGAUUGAACGUGUGGGACGAUUUGUAGCUGCUCAUGCAGCAGUGUCACUCUUAGAGAUUGCACUUGGGUUUUCUACCAAUUCUGCAGUUUUAUAUACUAUUGCCAAUGUGAAUGGUUUAAUGUCGGCUUUGCUUACUGUGAUUAAAUAUGUACCUCAGAUUUACACCACCUUUAGACUUAAGCAUCCAGGAACAUUGUCAAUUGGAAUGAUGUGUAUACAAACCCCUGGUGGGUUUGUUUUCACUGCUACGCUAUUCUUUACAAAGGGGUCUCAUUGGAGCUCAUGGGUAUCGUAUUUGGUUGCAGCUUUAUUACAGGGGACGUUACUAUCCCUUUGUAUUUAUUACGUGUACUUUCAAGGUCGACAUGUUGGUGAAGAAUCUGCUGAAGAGUUGGAGCGAGAGGCAAUAGAAAGGAUCGUCAGUGAAAACAGACAUGAAGAAUUAGAUCAUAACUCAGAAGUUAGGGAUCCGGAAAGAGAACAACUUUUAUAG